AUGAUCACUAAAAACCCGCCUAUGUUUAAAAAAUUUGACUUUUACCAAAUGGCUCAGAAACGAGCAAAGCAGCAAAAAAAGCCCAAAUCCACUUCACAAGGAGUUAAAAAACGCUCUAAAGCAAAAAAGGAUUCCGCCAAAAGUACCAAAAGCCAACAAAAUCUGCUUUUACAAAAUCUUGAUGACUAUACGACGACACAGUCUGUUUUGAGAAUUGCCCACAAUUCCAAUUCGAACAUUGAUCAAGUCUCCAAUUCAAUUGAGACUUUAUCUAUGAAUAAAAAACAAUAA